AUGGCGAUUCAGCCUUUCAGCGCCUUUGGCCUGGCCAACACGAGUUUGUUUCUGGUCGUGCUCUACUUUGCCUACAAUGUUGUUUACAACCUUUACUUCCACCCGCUGCGGCACUUUCCAGGCCCCUUCUUGCAUCGAGCCACGCGUGCAACGUAUAUAUACCGCACGAUGUGCGGCAAGAUGCCCUUUGACGUCCUGCCCAUGCACGACCGCUACGGGCCCGUUGUGCGCAUCGCCCCCGACCAGCUGAGCUUUCUGGAUGUUGCCGCCUGGAAGGACAUUUAUGGACGGCGAAACGACCUGUUGAAGGGCGGCAAGGCUACCAAGGGCGAUCUCGGAGACGACGAGGACAUUGCUCGCAUGCAGAAGCAACAACAACAGCAGCAGCAGCAGCAUUGCGGCGUCGACGAGCUCAGCAAGGACCCCCGCAUGUACAGCAACGCCAACGUGCAAAAGAACAUCAUGUCCGAGUCGCGCGCCAACCACGCCCGUCUGCGCCGCCAGCUGCUGCCCGGCUUCAGCGAGCGCGCCAUGCGCGACCAGGCGCCCAUGAUCCAAAAGUACGUGACCUUGCUUGUCCAGCGCCUGCGCGACAUCGCCAACCACCCCUCGGGGAAGAGCGCCGACAUGCUGUGCUGGUACAGCUGGACCGCCUUUGACAUUAUCGGCGACCUGGCCUUUGGCGAGCCCUUUGGCUAUUUGGCGUCCGGCGACAACGACGGCCGCCAGCCCUGGAUCGACGCCAUGACCGCCGUCUACACGGGCCGUGCCGUCUUGUUUUGCAAGCUCACGAGCAUCACGGGCUACGUGUUCCCGCUGCUGGCCCGCCUGUUCCCAAAGGCCAUGAAAGCCCACAGCCAGGGCGGCAUCGACAAGAUCCGCCGCCGCAUGGCCCUGGUGGACCGCCGCCCGGACUUGAUCCAAGGUCUCGUGGAAAAGAACGAGCAGGACUGGCACUCGCAUCUCACCAUCCAACAGAUUGCGGGCACCGCGGGCAUUCUCGUCAUCGCCGGUUCCGAGACAACAACCAAACUCCUCACGGCCACGACGUAUUUGCUGCUCAAAAACCCCGAGGCCAUGGCCCGUGCCACGGCCGAAGUGCGCGGCGCGUUUGCCUCGGCCCAGGAGAUCACACUGGUCACGGCCACAUCGGCCACGAUUCCCUAUGUCUUGGCGUGCAUCAACGAGACGCUGCGGCGGUACCCGCCGUCCGCCACCGGGAUGCCGCGGGUAACGCCGCCGGGUGGGGCCAUGAUUGCCGGCGUGUUUGUGCCGGAGAACACAACGGUCGCGUGUUGGCAGAUGGCAAUGAACUACGCCGACGGAUACUGGGAAGCGCCAAACGAGUUUCGGCCUGAGCGGUUCUUGGGCGAGAACAAGGCAAAGUAUGCCAAAGACCGGCAAGAGGCGCUGCAGCCGUUCUCUGUCGGGCCGCGCAACUGCAUCGGGCGCAACAUGGCCUAUGCCGAGGCCCGUCUGGUGCUGGCACAGGUGCUGUACAACUUUGACCUGACGCUGGCCGAGCCUGAGACGCCGGACUCGCUCGACUGGCUGGAUCAGAAAGCCUAUGUCCUCUGGGAUACGCCGCCAAUGCGAGUCGUCUUGAAAGAGGCAGCAGUUCCUGCGGCGGCAACGGUCAAGUAA